AACGCUUCGCCAUGGCGACAUCUCCGUCGCCAUGGCGACAUCUCCGUCGCCGUCGGCUUCAUCGGGAGUUCCGUCGGCUUCUUCGGCAGUUCCGUCGGCGUCGACAAUACUUACUUCAGUUAAGUCGACGAAAGAUAGCGAUCCCCCGACCAAGAAACGAUACCGAAAGUUCCGUUUACGCCGCUAUAAUGCCAAUUCCCAGAUCUUGAUCAUCACAAUCCCAACCGAUCUACACGAGGCCCUUCACCUAGGACUUUAUAUGGGGUAUCGUGACCAGCUUGUCCUGAAUGGCACGAAGCAAAAACAAGGUCAUCCUGGAGGAGAUGGCGGAGAAGGCGAUUCGACAGGCGGUCCACGGCCGGAACGUGUAGGAGCAGGUAAUUGGCCAACACUGGUCAUUGAGUCUGGACAUUCCGAAACAUUACCCGAGCUUCAUAAGGAUAUGCGGUGGUGGUUUCAGGCAUCAAACCACGAGGUCAAGAUUGUCAUUCUGGCGAAAUUUGACGACCAGAAACACCACAUUUUGCUAGAGAAAUGGGAGGAAGAAAUCUCGAGUCCACAAGGAGCGAUCACGCGGAGUCGGGCUGCUGCUAUAGUGCAGCAGAAUGGUGUUCUCGACCCAGUGAAACGGCAGUCAAUCACCAUUACCCGCGAUGAGACAACAAAUCCAGUAUCGUACAAUGUUACUAGGGGGGCAUUAGUACUAGGAUUUCGACUUCUUUUUCUUCGCGAUCCAGGCCCGCAAGAGGGAGAUUUUGUACUUAGCAUUCAGGACCUGCAGCAGUAUGCAGAGAAUGUCUGGGCUGAGCUGCCGAGAUCAGACUAACCAAUCAGAAAUCAAUAUUAAUGACCCAGCAUAUG